CAGGUGGGUCCCGGGUCCAGAACCGCCGAGGCGCCCCGUGGUGUAGGCGGGGAGGGUCCACCUCUAGCAGCGCCCUCGGCGGCGCAUUCAUGAUGAAUGUAAUUCAGAUUGUUCGUGACCACUGGGUACAUAUUCUUGUGCCUAUGGGAUUUGUCCUUGGAUGUUAUCUAGACAGAAAGAAUGAUGAAAAGCUAACUGCCUUCCGGAACAAGAGUUUGUUGUUUAAAAGGGAAUUGAGACCCAAUGAAGAAGUCACCUGGAAGUAAUGGCUGUGACUGAAAUAUAGAAUGAUCACAGUUUAAAAAUUGGGAGAGAAAUAAAAACAUUAUUUAAUUUGAA